AUGAACAGCCAACGGGUACCAAUUGAACCACAGCGAGUCGACGCUCCUCUUACCCAGUCAGCAACAUUUCUGGUCGUGACUGCGACGAAGAAGCCAGAUUCAAUCACCACAAUCCGUUCAACGCUUGCCGGUUUAGAUAGUCUAGCGAAAAAUGUCUCUAUUCGAGAUCUGAGUGCGCAAUUCGCAUGCACAGUCGGGAUAGGCAGCGACAUAUGGGAUGAUCUCACAAGCCUCCCUCGUCCUGCAGAGCUGCACUCUUUCCGUGAGGUGAAAGGCGAAAAGCAUAUCGCUGUCUCUACGCCUGGCGAUUUGUUAUUCCAUAUUCGUUCCGACCGGCGGGAUAUCUGUUUCGAGUUCGAACGCCAAUUGAUGAACCAACUGGGUGAUGCAGUCUCAGUGGUCGAUGAGACAGUCGGCUUCCGAUACUUCGAUGUGCGUGAUCUGUUGGGCUUUGUUGACGGUACAGCAAACCCCGUCGGUCCAUCCGUGCCAGCUUCCGUUCUAGUCGCCGGAGAAGAUACAUCUGCAGAAGGCGGAAGCUAUAUAGUUGUGCAAAAAUACACACAUGAUCUGCCUGGAUGGGGACACCUUUCUACCGAGCAGCAGGAGAAAAUCAUCGGUCGGACGAAGAUUGAUAAUGUCGAGUUGGAUGAUGCUGAGUCCGGUCAGCGAUCGCAUAAGACGUUGAACACAAUCGAAGAUGAAAAUGGGGAUGAGCAUGACAUUCUACGCGAUAAUAUGCCGUUUGGAUCGCCUGGAUCUGCAGAAUUUGGAACAUACUUCAUCGGGUAUACUCGACGACUGUGGGUGAUUGAGAAGAUGCUGGAGCGAAUGUUCCUCGGAGACCCGCCGGGAUUGCAUGAUCGUAUUCUGGAUUUCUCGAAACCGUUAACGGGGACAACAUUUUUUGCCCCAUCGGCGAGUUUCCUAGCGAAUCUUGACUCGGAGUGA